UUGACACUCAGCCACUGAACCAUACUGGCCGGGCUCUUUGUUGGUUUUUCCACGUCCAAGUAAAGAUUCAAAGGCAGUUUCCUAGGGUUCUGGGAAUGGGGAAUUGAAGAAAGAUGUGAAUCCUGGAAUGACUAAAUGGGGUGUCUAUUUCCUCUGCUUUUCCAGCUUUGUAAAAGAUAUCCAGGCUUUAUGCGUGUGGCACUAUCGGAGCCCCAGCCUGAGAGGAGGUUUUUCCGUCGUGGCUGGGUGACAUUUGACCGCAGUGUUAACAUCAAAGAGAUCUGUUGGAAUCUGCAGAAUAUCCGACUCCGGGAGUGUGAGCUGAGUCCUGGUGUGAACAGAGACCUGACUCGUCGCGUCCGCAACAUCAAUGGCAUUACCCAACACAAGCAGAUAGUGCGCAAUGACAUCAAGCUGGCAGCCAAGCUGAUCCAUACCCUGGAUGACAGGACCCAGCUCUGGGCCUCUGAGCCUGGGACACCUCCUCUGCCAACAGUCAGUGACUCUUCUUAGAACUUUUUCAAAAGCAGCCGAUACCCCCUCAUUUGCUGUUGGCACCUCUGGUCUUCUAGCAGAACAGAUUGGUGUUAGUGAUUAUUUGUGGGCUGAGGUAGAACGAAUACAAACGUGAAGACAAAUCCUGAGGCAGCAGUAACAGGCCAAGUGAGCCUUGAAUUCUUUCAGCCUCACCUUGCCUUUCAAAUUAGGCUCCUAGGCCACCUACUCUGAGGGGCUUUCUCUGCUUCACUUGCCUUUGUUCUCCCAACUAGAGUCUGCCCUCUCAGAACCCAAUUUUGAAGAAUAUCACUGACUACCUGAUUGAGGAAGUGAGUGCUGAGGAGGAGGAGCUGCUGGGGAGCAGU